UGCGUCUGGAAAUGGUGCUUAGUUGGCGGGUGCACUUGCUAACUGGAGGGUGUGCUCUGGGGCAUGCCAUUCUGGGUGUGGGUAUGAAUCUGUGUCUGAUUCCUUCCUUUGUUUCCUGCAGGGCUGGUUCUUGUGCUGAGACACCACUAUGCAGGUGCUGCCUACAAACUGGUGUGUUAUUUCACCAACUGGGCACAUAGCCGACCAGGCCCUGCCUCAGUCUUGCCCCGUGACCUGGACCCCUUUCUCUGCACCCACCUGAUAUUUGCUUUUGCCUCAAUGAACAAUAGUCAGAUUGUUGCUAAGGAUCCCCAGGAUGAAAAAAUUCUCUACCCAGAGUUCAACAAACUCAAGGAGAGGAACAGGGAGCUGCAAACACUACUGUCCAUUGGGGGCUGGAACUUUGGCACCUCCAGGUUCACCACUAUGUUGUCCACAUUCGCCAACCGUGAAAAGUUUAUUAAUUCAGUCAUAUCCUUCCUGAGGAGACAGGACUUCGAUGGUCUCGACCUUUUUUUCUUGUAUCCUGGACUAAGAGGCAGCCCCAUGCGUGAUCGGUGGACUUUUGUCUUCUUAAUCGAAGAGCUCCUGUUGGCCUUCCAAAAGGAGGCACAGCUCACCAUGCGCCCAAGGCUGCUGCUCACUGCUGCUGUCUCUGGAGUCCCACACAUCAUCCAAACAUCGUAUGAUGUGCGCCUUCUAGGAAGAUUCCUGGAUUUCAUCAAUGUCUUGUCUUAUGACUUUCAUGGGAGUUGGGAAAAGUUCACAGGACAUAAUAGCCCCCUGUUCUCUCUUCCUGAAGACCCCAAAUCUUCGGCAUACACUAUGAAUUAUUGGAGAAAGCUUGGGGUGCCCUCAGAGAAGCUCAUCAUGGGGUUACCCACCUAUGGACGUACCUUUCACCUCCUCACAGCCUCUAAGAAUGGGUUGCAGGCCAGAGCAAUGGGACCAGCAUCUCCAGGGAAGUACACCCAGCAGCCUGGCUUCCUGGCUUAUUAUGAGGUUAUUUUGGAGCAAUUCCAAGACGUCUUCUACUACAGAUUUGCUCCUUUGUCCAGGGAGCGAAGAAGCACUGGAUUGAAUAUCAGUAUGUCCCAUAUGCCUACAAGGGGAAGAAGUGGGUUGGCUAUGAUGAUGCCAUCAGCUUCAGUUACAAGAGUCCAGCUCAACUCCUUUACCACAAUUUUGGCUCUCACCUGCUGUGAAUUCUUCAAGAACUGACCAUGAAAGCCUGGCUGUGACCGAGGCAUUGACCACCGAUAUUAAGAUUUUGCCCCCAGGAGGAGAGGCUGUGGCCACUGAGAUUCA